ACAACCAUGUCAUCAGAAUCAAGCAAAAACCCGAAGCCCAAAGUGAUCCGAAGUGAAGGGGCUCCAGCUGAAGGAAAGCGGAAUCGAACUGACCCUGAGCAGGUAGGUAAACACUGCAGUGAGGAGGCUGAGGUGGACCUGCGGGACCCCGGCAGAGACUACGACCUAUACAAGUAUACGUGCCAGGAGCUACAGAGGCUGAUGGCCGAGAUCCAGGACCUGAAGAGCAGAGGUGGCAAGGAUGUGGCAGUUGAAAUUGAAGAAUGGAGGAUCCAGAGCUGUGUGCAUUUCAUGACUCUAAAGAAGCUUCACCGAUUAGACCACAUCAGGUUGAAGAAAGGAAGAGAUCAGACCCAUGAGGCUAAGCAAAAAGUAGAUGACUAUCACCUGCAGCUACAGAACUUGCUGUAUGAAGUGAUGCACCUGCAGAAGGAGAUCACAAAACAUGGAGAAAUCGAUCUGGUCAGUUUAGGGGAGUUUUACAAGGAGUCUCCACCAGACAUCAGCGUGACUGAAGUCACCAUGGGAGACCCUCACCAGCAGACCCUGGCACGUCGGGACUGGGAGCUGGAGCAGCGGAAAAGACUAGCAGAGAAGUACCGAGAGGGCCUGUACAAGGAGAAGAUCCUCAAAGAGAUUGAGGUGAAGAAGGAGUACCUAAGCAGCCUUCAGCCUCGGCUCAAUAGCAUGCAGGCUUCCCUCCCAGCGCAGGAGUACCUGUUCAUGCUGUUUGACCAGGCUCACAAGCAAUAUGAGACAGCCAGACAACUGCCGCCACCCCUCUACGUGCUCUUUGUACAGGCCACCGCCUAUGGGCAGGCCUGUGGUAAGACCCUGACUGUGGCCAUCAAAGGCAGUGUAGAUGAGGCUCUGUUCAAGCCUCCUGAUGACUCCCAAGAUGACAAGAGUGACUCGGAUGCUAAGGAGGAACAGACCACGAAAUGGCGGCGACCCACCCCGGGAGUUCAGUUGGAUGACAAGCACAGGGAGAUUCUGAGGAGACACCCUCUGUCCGUCAUGGUUGACCUGAAAUGCAAAGAUGAUAGCAUGCCUCACCUGACUUUCUACUACCUCAUGAACCUCAACAUCCUGACCGUGAAAGCCAAAGUGACACCUGCCACGGAGCUGAUCACUCCCAUCAGUGUCUUGCGUUCUCAUGACUCGGUGCUGAGUUUGUAUCCUGGUGAUCAUGGAAAGAAAACUCCAAAUUCAGCCAAUCAGUACCCGUUUGAUAAAGUUGGCAUUUUGACUUUGAGAGACUAUGUACUUGACCUGGGUCAUCCCUAUUUGUGGGUACAGAAGCUGGGAGGCCUCCACCUCCCAAAAGAGCAACGCCAACACACAGUGAUUGCUCACUCACUGAGCACCAGCCACAUGGAGACGACCAUGAGGCUGCUGAAGACCAGGGUGCAGUCCCGUCUGGCCCUCCACAAACAGUCUGCAUUCCUGGAACAUGGCAUUGUGCCAGUUACCAGUGACUGCCAAUACCUCUUCCCUGCCAAGGUUAUCUCUCACCUAGUGAAGUGGGUGACAGUUGCCCACGAGGAUUAUAUAGAACUGCACUUCACCAAGGACAUUGUGGAGGCAGGACUGGCUGGGGACAACAAUCUCUACUACAUGGCACUUAUUGAAAGGGGCACAGCCAAACUCCAGGCUGCUGUGGAGUUGAACCCUGGGUACUCCUCCAUCCCACCCAUUUUCCAGCUCUGUCUAAACUGGAAAGGCGAGAAAACCAACAGCAAUGAUGAUGACAUUCAGGCCUUGGAGAGCGAGGUCAAUGUGUGCUACAAGGAGCCCGGGCCUAGCCACCAGCUCUUGACCAACCAGCUGCAGUGGCUGUGUGUGCUCCUAGAUGUCUACCUGGAGACUGAGAGCCACGAUAACAGUGUGGAGGGGUCCAAGGAAUUUCCCCAGGAGAAGAUGUGUCUGUGGCUUUUCAGGGGUCCAAGUAGGAUGAAGCCAUUUAAAUAUAACCAUCCUCAGGGAUUCUUUAGCCACCACUGACCUCCUGCUCAGCCAGUUGCUU